AUGAUGGUUAGCAACGAGAAUAGGAGCGCGGUUCUGUUGAGAAUCGACAAUUUGCCCCCGGGCAAGUCGUGGAAGCAAGUCAAAUAUCUCAUCGGUGGCAUUAUUCACCAUUCCAGUGUGCUUAAGGUUAAGAUGCUGCCCUUGAUGUCGUCGAUUGUGCCACCUUUUGUGCCUUUUCAAAGCUGUGUGGUGUCGCUGAGGUCUAAUUUGGAUCCCAACUCUUUGAACGAGCUGCUGCUGAGCCUUAAUACUUUCCAGUGGGACUACUAUAACCUGUAUGCGUACACGUUACCGCAGCCUUUUGAGAUGCCGACCUCUCCUCCGAUGAGCUCUCGUGAAGACAACGCUUCUAAUGGCGAAAAUAGCCAAAGUAAUAGUCCUGGGUUUAUGUAUCCGCCCGUGAAUAUGAUGGCACCUCCACGACAGCCAAGCGGACCGAUGAUGGGCGGGAUUCCGCAGAUGCCUGGCCCCCUGAUGGGGUUGCCGCCGCACAGACGCAAGUAUCUACAGCCUCCAAUGAACAUGUUCCUUCAGCAGUUGCAAGAGAGGGAGGCGACCAAGGCCAUGAUGGGUCUGACGCUGAACUCCGACUCGCAUCCACGUUCGAGCAACGAUAUCUUGGUAAGUAAUGGUGGUGUCGGUGGUAAUGGCGCGACAAGUUCGAGGAGGUUGAGGCAGAUCUUUAAUGAGAAGAGCUUCAGGAAGCAAAUGACUGGACGUGGAAUGUGGCAGCUGCAGCUGGACAACUUCCCGCCUUUUCUGAAGCUGGAUACCAUAGAACCGCUAACGGAAGAUGACGACAAAGUCUUGAAAGAGAAGGGGCUGCGGCUGAUCGAGACUGAUCAACCAGAUAAGUUUGGGAGGCUAAGAUGGACAGUGCUGAAGGAUUUCAUAAAAUUAAAGUGUCCGAGAUUGCUUAAUUUGAAUGACCCUUCGUCCGCCCAGGGCGGCGAGAGCAACGGUGAUAAUACAAGGGAGUUUUACGUUGGGGUUUACGAGGAUAGUGAAGAGCAGGUGCGAUUGAAAGUGCCAGGUCAAGAUAAAGCAGACGAUAAACUGAAUGUUGUCAAAUCAACUGUAUAUAAGGCAAUCGUUGGGUUUAAUGAUAAAGAAUUGUGCGACAUGUGCCUGGCGAACUUGCAAGGUCAAGAAUAUUCGCUUGGUUUCAAACUAAGGGUGAAAUAUUUACCACCAUACGAUGAACAUCAAGAUGGUGGUACCGGUACGGCGUAA